AUGAGUCGUGAAGUAAUCUCGUCUAUUCGUCCACCUGUGUUCGAUGGGAACAACUACACCUACUGGAAAAAUAGGAUGGAGGCAUAUCUGUUAACUCUUGGUGAUGAAACUUGGGAAGCUGUAGAGCUUGGCUGGACUCCUCCAACCAAAGUUGUGCCUGGAGAAACUCAGAACGACCCCCCAACUAUCAUUCUAAAGUCGAAAAAUGAGUGGACACCUGAAGAAAAAAUUGCUGCUGGUGGAAAUGCCAAAGCCGUAAAUGCCAUAUUUGCUUCUGUCGAUGAAGUUCAGUUUCGUGUCAUCUCAAACUACAAGAAAGCAAAAGAUGCAUGGAGAGCCUUGGAAAAUGCAUUUGAAGGGACUGCUGAAGUUAAAGAAACAAAACUCCAAAGGGUAGAAAGUAUGUUCGAAGCCCUGAAAAUGACUGAUGAUGAAACGAUGUCUGAGUUCUACACUCGAUUCAAAGAUAUGGUAAAUCAAGCAUAUGCUCUUGGCUUAGUAUAUGAUGAACAAAGGCUGGUUCGAAAGAUGCUGAGAAGUGUGAACAAAAAGUUCAAAAUCAAAGUCUCUACACUUGAGGAUAAGAAGAAAACCAAGAACAUGAAUCUUGAAACAUUGAAUGUUAUUUUCAUGAAUUGGGAGAUGAAUCAUAUUGAAGAAGAAAGUUCAAAAGGGAUUGCUCUUACUGCCGAAGAUCUGGAGCUUGUCGGAUCUGACGAAGAAAUGUCUCUUCUGUCCAAGAAGUUGUCUCGAAUGAUAAGUGAAAAGCGUGCUCGAAAAUACCACAAUUCUGGAAACAGAGGUCACUAUGGUGGUAAAACAACUGGAGAACAACGAAAGUAUCCAGAACACAAAAGUGUUGGUUACAACAAAGAAAAGGGAGCUUAUGAUAAAAGCUAUAAGAAGAAGUUCAACACUGCUUCUAGGCUAGAAAACUCAAGUGAUCCGAAAUGCUUUGCAUGUGGCGAAGUUGGACAUGUGAAAGUGGAAUGUGCUACAUUCAAGAAGAAAGGUAAGCAUGCAUUUCAAGCUACCUGGAGUGAUGAAGAAGACAGUCAAGAAUCUGAAGAUGAAAGUGAUAAUGAAAGCGUUGUUGCUUUUGUUGCCAAAGAAGGAGAAUCUAGCAAAGGAAAAGAAAGUGUUCCUGAAGAAGAAUGUAACAGCAACGACACAAUCGAGAUGGAUAUCUAUGAGCUAAUGGAAGCUUAUGAGGAAAUUGUAGCUGAACAUAAAAUUUGUGUUAAGAGAAACAAGGAUUUGAUCAACACAGUUUACCGUUUGGAAGCUCGAGUUGAAAAAGCUGAUGAAGUGAAUCAAGAAAUGUUCGAAAUCAAUGAAGGACUUCAGAAGGACGUCAAGCAGUUGAAAAUGAAGUGUGAUGAUCUGAGAGAAGAAAAUGAUAGACUCAGAAAAGGAAAAGACAAACUCGAUGAAGUUUUAUCGAUUGGAAAGCCAUUUGGAGAUCAUCGUGGGAUUGGUUAUCAAGAAUCCAUGAAGGUGAAUCCAACUACCUUUGUGAAAGGAGGUUUGCUUACUGAUGUGAAGAUUCCAGAGAAACCUGCAAAAGGGAAGAACACUGAAGGUCCCAAAGAAAACAGAAAGGAGAGACAAAAUCAAAAUCGCAGAAGGAACAGACGUGUCAACGAGUCGUUACAACAGAAGAGUAACUGCAAAUACUGUUUUCGAUUUGGUCAUGCUGAAUCUCACUGUUUCAAGCUGGCUAGGGAUUUGAUGUCUGGGAAGAAGGUUAAUUGGCCCUCAGAUGAGCUGAAACAAAGGGUGAAUUUCAGAAUGGAAUGGAGACCUAAGAAGAAUCAAUCUAAGAUGAUGUGCAAUGUCAUCCUUUCUAGUCAAGAAGCAACAAAUUCAUCCCGAUGGUAUUUCGACAGUGGAUGUUCACGCCAUAUGACGAAUCAGAAGCAUCUAUUGAAGAACUAUGUAGCUGACACUUGUGGAGAAGUGAUAUUUGGAGAUGGAGCCAAAGGAAAAAUUGUGGGCUAUGGUUCUCUCGAAGCCAAAGGUAUACCGAAGUUGACGAAGGUAUAUUUUGUUGAAGGCUUGAGUACUAAUCUCAUUAGUAUCAAUCAGUUAUGUGAUGAUGAGCUGUUAGUGAAGUUCACUAAGGAUGCUUGUGAGGUUUACAACAACAAGAAAGAGUGCGUGAUGACUGGAAAAAGGUCAAGGAACAACUGCUACUUACUUGACAAACCAGUGGAUGUUGCAUUGAUCUCAAAAGAUGAUGAAGCCCUUCUAUGGCAUACAAGACUUGGCCAUGUCAACCAACAGAGCUUGAUGAAGUUGAGCAAGCAAGGAAUUAUCAGAGGACUUCCAAAGUUUUCGAAGUUACCUAACUUCGUUUGUGGUGAUUGUGCUCGAGGAAAGCAGAAACGUGUCUCUCAUCCGCAGUCGGAACAUCAAAGCAGCAAAACUUGUCUUGAUUUGCUGCACAUGGAUUUGAUGGGUCCAGUGGAUACACCCAGUCUUGGAGGUAAAAAAUACAUACUUGUUUGCAUUGAUGAUUUCUCGAGAUAUACAUGGGUUGAUUUUAUGAAAGAGAAAGGAGAUACUUUUGAUAUCUUUGAAAAAUUGUGCAAAAGACUGAUGAAUGAAAAGAGAUCAAAGGUUAAUCGAAUUCGUACCGAUCAUGGUAAGGAGUUUGAGAAUCAAAAGUUUGAUGGUUUUUGUUCUGAUCUUGGAGUACUGCAUGAGUAUUCAGCCCCGAAGACCCCACAACAAAAUGGAGUAGUCGAAAGGAAGAAUCGAACACUUCAAGAAAUGGCUCGAUCAAUUAUGCAAGCCAAAGGUGUUGCAAAGUACUUAUGGGCUGAGGCAAUGAACACUGCAUGUUAUGUGAUCAACAGAGUAUAUUUGAGACCCUACACUGAGAUCACACCGUACGAGCUAUGGAAAGGAAGAAAGCCGAAUGUGUCAUACUUUCACACAUUUGGAUGUCGAUGCUAUAUUUUGAAGGAUAGGAGUCAUCUUAAAAAAUUUGAUGCAAGAUCAGAUGAAGGAAUAUUCAUUGGUUAUUCUCAUAACAACAAGCUUAUCGUGUUUAUAACAAGAGGAUGA